AAUCAUCAGAGUCGGGCCGGCCCAAGUUUCCCUUCUUGUUGGUUUCCUUCCUCUGCUUCCUUUUUCCUCCUCCCUCCCGUUUGCUUGCUCGUCUUAUUCUUAACAACAAAUUCUCCAUUUCUCAGUUGUUUCGAAAAAAUGGGUUUGCUGGAUUCCUUCCUCAAUUGGCUCCGCAGCCUAUUUUUUAAACAGGAAAUGGAACUUUCACUAGUAGGGCUUCAGAAUGCAGGAAAGACGUCUCUUUUAAAUGCCAUUGCUACAGGGGGCUACAGUGAGGACAUGAUUCCAACUGUUGGAUUCAACAUGCGAAAAGUAACCAAGGGAAAUGUGACAAUUAAGGUUUGGGACCUUGGAGGGCAAAGAAGGUUCCGUUCAAUGUGGGAGCGUUACUGUCGUGGCGUCUCUGUAAUUGUCUAUGUAGUUGAUGCUGCUGACAGAGACAGUGUUCCAAUAGCUCGAAGUGAGCUGCACGACCUCUUGAUGAAACCUUCUUUAAGCGGGAUUCCGUUACUAGUUCUUGGCAACAAAAUCGACAAGUCUGAGGCUCUUUCCAAGCAAGCAUUGGUUGAUCAGCUAGGCCUUGAUUCAAUCACGGACAAAGAAGUGUGCUGCUAUAUGAUUUCAUGCAAGGACUCCAUAAACAUAGAUGUCGUCAUUGAUUGGCUUAUCAAACACUCCAAAACAGCAAAAUGAUCCGCGAAUGGCCCUUGCAUUUCGAGGCGAAGAUCAGGCGCUGAAAGACAUGUCGAUGAAAACAACCGUUUCGAGACUCUGGGCUAUAGUAGGUAGCUAUACUCCGACUAGAGAUCUGUACAGGAGUUGUAUAGUUGCGAAGUGUGUUAUGCUUUGGUUAUAUUGUCCUUUGCUCCUUGGUAACCAUUUCAAUUUCAAAUGAAGGAUCCCAAAUUAGAAGCA